AGAAAGCGCUUUUUUCUCCUUAGUCUUUUCUGAAUAGAUUCACUAAACCAUUUGACACAGUGCUUUCUUACCUAGCAUGUAUGCAUGGUUGGCAUUAAUCUGUUCUAACCUUCAAGGAGAAUCUAUUGCUUUCAAUUCUCCACUGUUUCCAUUCUGUUCCAUUGUACUUCUCUUACUUUCUUAUUUAUUCAUAGUCUAUUUUCCGUAAAUUGUAAACAUAAUUUGGACUCUACCUGUACAGCGUCAAAGUAGUGCAGUACUUCAAUGCAUAUCAUGUCUUUUUGUAUGAUAACAAUACUAAGAUCAGAAUCCAAGUUGUAGCAGGCUUAUGAUGUGAACUCUUCUUAUAUAAUGUCACCAAUGAUUUUGUGGUUAACAACAUUGUGAUUAAAAUUGAAGUGUAAAAAUCUCACAAUAAUGUCUCUCUGCUGGUCAUAUAAAAAAUACAUUCCCAUUCAAAUAAUAACUGCUGUGAUCUGUGAAAGCCAGUCUUCCAUCACUGCAUCGGAUAAGCUGAAAUAGUCACAGAUACUUGUUUCUGAGCUGUUUUCUCAUCUUCAUGACUUGUAGGUACGUUAAGACCCAUCAUUUUCUACAUUGAAGGAUGUCGGAAUCUCUGCAAAACCCACCAACCUCUAUUUUUGUCCUUUCCUCAAAAGCCUACAAGGAGACAAUCUUAAACAGGUUUGAGGAGCUCAGGAAGAAGGAUUUACUGUGUGACAUCACUCUGAUUGUGGAGGAUGUGCAGUUUAAGGCCCACAAGGCCUUACUGGCUGCCAGCAGUGAGUAUUUCUCCCACAUGUUCACUGCUGAGGGCCAAGUGGGCCAGUCUGUCUACAUGCUGGAUGGGAUGGCAGCAGGCUCUUUCAGAGCAGUGCUGGAGUUCAUCUACACUGGCCAUGUGUCAGUGGAGGAGAACACGAGAGAGCAGCUCCUGGCCAUGGCCCAGUUCCUGAAAGUGACUGACCUAGCGAAAGCGCACACAGAGUGUCAGCACUCCCGUCUGGCCAGCGAGGAAAACAAAGGAGACUCGCAUGCAGGGCAAAAUACUGAGGAGCCCACGAAGCCCAAAAGAAAAAGAGGCCGUCCAAGAAAAACGGAGGUAAUUGCAGACGUCUCUGCAGUUGCAUCUCCUGACUCAAGCAAGGCAACAGAAAGCACAGGACUCGGAGCUCAAAUGACUGACAGGACAGCAGCACCGCAGGUUUCAGCAGAGGUCAUGGAGGGUGAAGAAACAGCUGAUUCAGACGUCCACGUAGAUUUAUCCAAUGAUACGGACGUGGACUAUGACCCUAAAAAAGAAAAGCUGCAGCACAGCCGCUACAGCAAGCGUAAGAUAAAGCCACCUCUCAAAUUAAAUGGUUUCCGGUUAGGAGAAGAGGUCUCUGACCAGGGACAGACCGGGAAACGAGGGAGGAAGAGGAAAUACCCAAACACAGAGGCACGUUGUGAGCAAUGUGGAAAGGUCUUCAAAAACCAUUUGUUUUUAACCAUCCACCAAAGAACUCAUACUGGGGAAAAGCCUUACAGAUGCUUCGAGUGUGGGAAAAGCUUCACUCAGAAGCACAGUCUGCUGGUGCACCAGCGCAUGCACACAGGGGAGAGGCCCUACAUCUGUACAGUGUGUUCCAAGGCCCUGUCCACCAAGCACUCUCUGCUUGAGCACAUGAGCCUGCACACAGAGCAGAAAUUGUUUAGCUGCGAUCAGUGUGGACGGACCUUCAGUCAGAAGAGGCAGCUGAAGAGUCAUUAUAGAUUACACACAGGAAAACCUUUACCCGAGUGUGCACAAUGUAACCGCAGAUUCAUGGACGCUGCUCAGCUUAAGAAGCAUCUGAGAACACACACAGGGGAGAAGCCGUUCACCUGUGAGAUCUGUGGGAAGUGCUUCACAGCCAAGAGCACGCUGCAGACUCACAUCAGAAUUCACAGAGGAGAAAAGCCAUACGUGUGUAGUGUCUGCAGCAAGUCCUUCUCGGACCCCAGUGCCAGGCGACGCCAUGUGGCUUCCCACACAGGAAAGAAGCCGUUCACCUGCUCAUUCUGUAGCCUCUCCUUCGCACGUCUAGACAACCUGAAAGCUCACACCAAGACGCACAACAAGGAGAGGCCCACAGACGCUCCCCGACAAGUCACCUCUUCGGAGAGCGAUAUGGGGGUGGAAGAGGUGCGCAGCAUUCUGCAGCUGCAACAGUACCAGCUCCCCACAUCGGGGGAGCAGGAGAUUCAGCUGGUCGUCACUGGGGAGGUGGACAACAUCAACUUCGUGCCGGGGCAGGAGCAGGGAAUAAGCAUCAUCACUGCGGACGACACGGAGAAUCUGACACCAGAGCAGGCGUCGGGUCUGACCCUGCUGACUCAGCCUUCGCCGCACGUGCAGAACCUGGCGCUGGUCACCCAGGGGGAGCAGCCCGAGCAGAUCCAGGCUAUCAGUGUCAUGGAGAGUCAGGUCACCUCGGGGCAGCCCGAGCAGAUGCAUGUCAUCACUCUCACCAAGGAGGCCAUGGAACAUCUCCAGGCCCACCACGGGACGCCUCAGCAAGUGCACAUCACCCAGCGGUCCACACAGCCUCUUCACCUACUGCGGGAGCCCACUCAGCAGAUCCCCCUUACCCAAGAGCCUCAGGCUCAGCAGCUCCAGAUCAGCCGAGAGCAGCAGGGACAAGCUAUACACAUCAGCAGCCAGACAACGCAGCCCAUUUCCAUCAGCCAGCCGACACAGCAGAUCCCCAGUCACCAGAUUCAAGGGCAGACGUUCCAAAUCCAGGCAGGAACUGUCUCCUACCUUUACACCACCAGCAUAACCCCACAAACCUGAAGGGUGAAAGGACUGAUCUAAUCCUUAGGGAUUCCGUAAAAAAACAGACUUGUUUCAGUAAUGGAAGGGUAGUAAAUUCCCCAUUGUUUGUAACUUGCGACUUUUACGAGCUUUUUAUUUUUAAAUGUUAGCUUGAUAGCUGCCUUAUCUUUUAUUCUACAAACACUUUUCUAGUAUCCACUAUUACAUUUGAAGAACAUUUCAAGAUCUAUGUUGAAGAUAUAAAAGAAACAUUUGAAGACUUAGCUUUUUUGUCAGUGGGUAAAUUUAACAGUUGCGAUUUCAUUAAACAUUUUUUCAUGAAAUGAUAAAAAAUGUUCAAUGGAAUUUCAUGGUUGGAUUACUUCUUAUGCAAAAUGAAGAACUGACAGAUGGCACGGAUACCCCAGAUUUUUAACGCAAGGAAUGGAUUGCAAAAAAAGAAGCUGAGGAAAAGGGAGCACAAUCAGUUAAUUAUUCUGUAAAUCUCUGCUUCAGAGUGGCUGAACCCCAGAGCUUGUACAGCAUGUUCAGAGCUAUUGAACGCCUGUUGCCAGCUGUGUUCAAGAGCCAUGAUGCUCCUGUGCUACUGCUGAGUGCGUUUUGAUGAAAGUUGAGGGCUUGUGCUGCAGAGGAGAAAUACUGUAUAUCCUUUUUCAUUUUCUGUCCUAAAAGCUUGUCUUCUUCUGGCCAGUUAGGAAGAUUAAUUUUUACUCUUCAGCAUUUGCUUUAAAUGUAAAUGAUCUUGGAUAAAAAGCAGCAUGUGUGAAACUGCUGCUCAGGAAUAAGCUGAAAGAUGGGCAGCAAUGUUAAUUUGUGGCCUAAAGGCGUGUCUUACAUGGUUUAAAGUAACGUAAAUUCUUUUUAAUAGCAAAGAGGAGACCGUCUAGGACUUGAUAAUCAAAUUUAAAAUCAAUAAAACGUUUUCACAAAGCCAACCUGAAGGACUGCAUUAGCACCAGUUGAAACCAAGUCGAAUUGUAUGUAGCAUUGAAAUCUGGAAGCACUACUGUACACAAAGGGUUGUGGUGGUCUGGAACAAACUGCUGAGUCAUGUUGUGGGGAUCCAUCAAGAUAAUGGAUGAGACUGGAUCCUUGGAUCAGUAAGCUGCUACCAUACAAACAACUGAGAUGGGGUGACCAGCCUCCUCUCAUUCGUAACUGUUCUUAUGUAGUACAAACCAAAUUAAAGUGUGCAAUAUUUGUUUUCAGUUAUCCCAAAAAGGUUUUUGAAUGCAGUAAUCACAAGCUCGACGAUGUGCAUGAAAAAGAGUGGAGCGUAGAAUGAAAAAUAAGAUUGGUACAAAAAUAAAAUCAUAAAAUCACUGUCUUGUAAAAUAUAUUUAAAUGCAAAUGUUCUUGAAUUUUAUAGUGGAAAUAACUGUAUAUUUAUUGGUUGGUGGAAAGUAUUGUACAGUUCAUUAAAGGUAUUUGAAAACUUUUUGCAGACAAAAAACCUGCAUGGUAUACUUAUCCAUCUUUUUUAGUGCUAUAAUUAUCAAAACUGUUCAUUAUAUAAUAAUUAAAAGUGUCUUCGUAUUUAAAUUGGAAAUAUUCAGACAAUAUAAUUUUAACAUUUUGCAUUACUGUUUUGUAAUGGCAAUACUUUGUAAUUCAUAUCCAAGUUAUAUCGAGGUUAACAUUUUCUACUGUAAACAGUUCUUAAACACUGCAUUAAUAAAUCUAAUCUUACAGAUG